CAAUCUCUACCCCCUUCGCUUCCUUGCACUGCUCUCUUUUCUUCUUCUUCGUCGUCUUCUUCUUAUUCUUAUCUUCCCGGCAGGUGCGACUCGAUCGAUCGAUCACUGUUUCGGUUUGAAAAAGAAUGGCUAAAGAACAAUUGCAAGUUUUGAAUGCUCUUGAUAUUGCGAAAACACAAUGGUAUCAUUUCACAGCUAUUAUAAUUGCGGGAAUGGGUUUUUUCACAGAUGCAUACGACUUGUUUUGCAUCUCGCUUGUUACCAAGUUACUCGGUCGUCUCUACUAUCACCAUGAAGGCGAUGCCAAGCCAGGGACUCUACCUCCUAAUGUAGCAGCUGCAGUCAAUGGUGUGGCCUUCUGUGGGACUUUGACUGGUCAGCUCUUCUUCGGCUGGCUUGGAGACAAAAUGGGUCGGAAGAGGGUCUAUGGUAUGACCUUGAUGAUCAUGGUCAUUUGCUCCAUCGCAUCUGGACUCUCCUUCGGGAAUACUCCUAAAGGAGUCAUGGCCACUCUCUGUUUCUUCAGGUUUUGGUUAGGAUUUGGGAUUGGAGGUGAUUAUCCCCUUUCAGCCACAAUCAUGUCUGAAUACGCUAACAAGAAGACUCGGGGUGCUUUCAUCGCUGCAGUCUUUGCCAUGCAGGGAUUUGGGAUCUUGGCCGGCGGUGCUGUGGCUUGUAUAGUCUCUGUCGCGUUUAAAACAUCAUUCCCUGCGCCUGCUUACAUCGUUAACGCCGCUGCAUCGGUUGUUCCGGAGGCUGAUUUCGUGUGGCGUAUAAUUCUCAUGUUCGGUGCAAUUCCAGCUGCCAUGACUUAUUACUGGCGGAUGAAGAUGCCUGAAACUGCUCGUUACACGGCUUUAGUUGCCAAGAACGCGAAACAGGCGGCUGCUGACAUGUCGAAGGUGUUGCAAGUGGACUUGGAAGAGGAUCCGGCUAGAGCUACUCAAUUGGCGCAGAGUACUAAGAAGGAGUUCGGGUUGUUUUCAAAGGAGUUCCUUCAUCGCCACGGACUUCAUUUGCUUGGAACUACAAGUACUUGGUUCUUGUUGGACAUAGCUUUCUACAGCCAGAAUCUAUUCCAAAAGGAUAUUUUCUCAGCAAUCGGGUGGAUCCCAGACUCGAGGAAUAUGAACGCCAUAGAAGAGGUUUUCCGCAUCGCCAGGGCUCAGACGCUUAUUGCGCUAUGCAGCACAGUCCCCGGGUACUGGUUCACAGUGUUAUUUAUAGACAGGAUUGGUAGAUUUACAAUCCAAUUGAUGGGAUUCUUCUUCAUGACGGUGUUCAUGUUUGCCCUCGCUAUUCCAUACGAUCACUGGACACACAGGGACAAUCGGAUUGGUUUUGUGGUGAUGUACUCCUUGACCUUCUUCUUCGCAAACUUCGGUCCCAAUGCAACAACGUUCGUGGUUCCAGCAGAGAUUUUCCCGGCAAGGCUGAGAUCCACUUGUCAUGGGAUAUCGGCUGCUUCGGGGAAGGCUGGAGCUAUAAUUGGCGCGUUCGGGUUCUUGUACCUUGCGCAGAACAAGGACAAGGCGAAGGCAGAUAAAGGGUACCCUGCUGGGAUUGGAGUGAAAAACGCUCUUAUCAUUUUAGGAUUUGUAAACUUGUUGGGAUUCAUAUUCACGUUUUUGGUGCCGGAAGCUAAGGGAAGGUCUUUAGAGGAAGUGGCACAGGAGAAUAACGAUGACAAUGAAUUGGAAAUGGACUCUAGGAGUGACAACAGGACAGUUCCAGUCUAAUGGUUAUAUGUUAUACUUGAAGGCUUUAUUUUAUACAUCUUAAGAUGACGCCCUAUUUCCUAAGUAGUUUUUGUCUGAACGGUUAAGUUAUAUAUAAUAUGAUACUAGUUACUUAUUUUUGU